AAAACAUACGACGCCCCUUCCGAGCGUUUAGAAAAAUGAAUUAUCGAAGUUGCCUAGGUGAAAUGCUCUCGAUAAAAUGAAGAGUGGCGGUAAUAGUUAGAUACCUAUGUCUCGUAUUCAUCCAUGACCUAAACAAUAGUUCGGAGAUCUUACUCUUACAUUUUAAUGUUGGUGGAAAUGUGCAGUGUAUGAGGUAACUUGCACAAUCAACCUGGAAAGCAAUUGAACAUUUAAAGAUGGCAAAUCAGCCGCAGGGCCGCAGGGUACCUAGGUACCAGUUAUCAGAUGUGGCUAGUAAUACAAGCUACCUACCUGGUACCUAGCUUUAGAAAGUUAAAUUUGUAGGUACAUGUACAUAGGUAGUUACAACAUUACCUAACCUAACCUUAUAUCUGGGUGCUCAGGUAUCUUUAGCGCGUACGUAGUAGAUUGCCGAGUCGUUGCACGAUACUAUGUACAUACCUACAUAUAAAUUUCCUUAUCGAUUAAAGAUCCUGACCCCAAUAUUUUGCAUGUUGAGUUGCACGUCGCGAACCUUCGCUCCUACAACUCCUUAUGCAAGACAUACGGUACGACCAACGUCCUGAACCCCCGAGCAUGCGGCUGAACAUGCCCCGGGAACAAUGUCUCUGUAUCAUGAGACAGCCGAUAUACUAUCGGCAACGCCAUCUACUGGCGGCAACUUGAAAACUCGCAUCUUUGGGAAGAAGGACCUAAAGUCUCCCCAGCAGCAAGUCUACGCCCUGGCGUUGGAGACUUGCAAAUGGAGUCCCGUACUGAAAGAAGUUAUUGAUAAUUCGGACCUUUUACGUCACGAGCGCAAGCUUAGCCCCUUUCUGGCUCUACUGCUCGUCCAUGAUUUCGUACUAUCUAAGAAAGGUAUUGCGCUUCCUGCCAGUCACGGUCUCAGGGCCUCAAUUGAGCGUCAUAAGGCGCGUUUGAAUGCCGAGUUCACUAGGGCACGCCUACGGAGGAAAGCUGGGUCUGUUGAAGCCCUUAAGGAGCAAGUAACCUCCGAAUUCUUGGGCGGGGCAGCCGCUUAUCCACGAUGGGUGCGUGUGAAUGUCUUGAAGACUACCAUUGAGGAACAGUUAGUAACCACUUUUGUGGCUUUCACUAGGGUUCUCAGCGUUGGUGAAGUCACGGCUGCCCCUGGGAAAUUCCUAUAUGUCGACGAGCAUAUCCCAAACCUGGUAGCUAUACCCCUUAGCUUUGAGAUCACCAAGACGGUAGCAUAUACUUCUGGGGCCAUAAUAUUGCAGGACAAAGCUUCUUGCUUUCCCGCAUAUCUACUGGACCCUCGCGCUGAAGAUGGCGACGUCAUUGACUCUUGUUCGGCCCCCGGGAAUAAAACAACCCAUCUUGCAGCUAUCGUACAUUCUCGGGUCCCAGAGAAGGAGGAGUGUACUCAGACCGUAUAUGCAUUUGAGAAAGACCCAAAGCGUUCGCGGACCCUAGAAAAGAUGGUAAGGCUAGCUGGUGCCAAGGAAAUCACGAGAAUGAGCUUCGGCCAGGACUUCCUCAGGGUCGAUCCGAAUUCCGAACUGUUCGCAAACGUUGGUUGCUUGCUUCUGGAUCCUAGUUGUUCUGGUAGUGGUAUAGUUGGCAGAGAUGAAAUGCCCGCGAUAUACCUCCCUGACGUCCCAGGCGCGUUCAAAAAGCCGCUUCCUAGCACAAAUCGUAAGCGGAAGCGCGAUGACUCUGAGGCUAGUAAGACCACAGCACAGCCGAUCAUGGUCGAUGACGAUGGGAAGGAAACGGUAGUUAUCUCCGAAAAGGAGUUAGAGGCACGCUUAGAAGCGCUAUCAUCAUUCCAACUUAUUCUGCUGCUCCACGCCUUCAAAUUCCCUGCUGCAAAGAAGAUCACUUAUUCAACUUGCUCGAUCCACGCCCAAGAGAACGAGCAAGUUGUCCUGAAAGCUCUGCAAUCCGAUGUUGCCAAGGAAAGGGGCUGGCGCAUACUACGACGAGACCAGCAGGUCCGAGGUCUACGCGAGUGGCCGGUUCGGGGAUCGGUUGAAGCGAGCGACGGAAAUUCCGAGGUUGCCGAGGCGUGUAUCAGAUCUUAUAAAGACGAUGGGCGGGGUGUUAUGGGAUUCUUCGUCGCUGGCUUUGUCCGCGAUGUGAAAUCUGCUUUCGAGGAUGGCGAUGGUCCUUAUAUUCGCGAUGAUAGUGGCCGCAUUAUUAGAGACAGCAUGGGUAUGCCGACGUUUAAGCCGGGGUAUGGCCCUGUUUCUACGGGGAGUGCUAAGAGGACCGAUCAAUCUGUACGAGCUGAUGGCAUUCAGCAUGACACGGGCGACAGAGAGAAAGAAGAGGAUGAUGAUGGGGAUGGGGAUGAGGGAGAAGAAGACUAUGAUAUGGAUUCUGAAACUGCAAGCGACUUGAGCAGCGACGAUAGCAGCCAAAGCGAUUCUGAUGAGGGGGAGUGGAAUGGUUUUGAUGAUUGAUAUAUACAUGAUACCAUUUCGAAGGACAAUACCCAAUUUGUUCUAUAACUUGAAAAUAAACAGAAUAAACCGCUACAAGACCUCGGCUAGGAUAUGUUGCUAUCACGAAAUACAUUUAAUUAUAUAUCUCAUACAUGUCAAUGCCUUGAU